AUGGAGAGGGAGCUGCCCACGCAGGGCCCCCCUAGCGCCGCCGCCACCUAUGGCUCACCCCGUCGCAGGGCGUGGAAGCGGUGCGUCCACUCCGGCCACCACGACAGCGCCACCUGGGGCCACGCCACCAUCGCCGACUCCGCGCCCGUGCCCAGGAUGUGUCGCCUCGUCAUGGCCAACUACGCCCCGCCCGACCUCCUCACCACACUGCCCCUCCUCCUCGACCCCUCAAACGUCAUGCGCCGCCGCACCUAUGCUGACACGGGGGGCCGGGUCACGCCCUACCUCGUCUACCUCGACCACGCGCACGCCGACUUCGUGCUCGCGCUGCGCGGCCUCAACCUCGGCCGCGAGUCCGACUACGCGCUGCUCCUCGACAACCGCCUCGGCAAGCGCCGCUUCGACGGCGGCUACGUCCACAAUGACCUCCUCCGCGCCGCCGGCUGGGUGCUCGACAGGGAGUGCGACCUGCUCCGGGACCUCCUCGACCAAUACCCCGCCUACACGCUCACCUUCACGGGCCACUCCCUCGGUGCCGGUGUCGCCGCCAUGCUCGCCAUGUUCGUCGUGCUCAACCUCGACAAGCUCGGCAAGGUCGAGAGGGGCUGCACCAGGUGCUACGCCAUGGCCCCCGCCCGCUGUAUGUCGCUCAACCUCGCCGUCAAAUAUGCCGAUGUCAUCAACUCUGUCGUGCUGCAGGUGACUCACUGA